AUGAUGAAGAGGUAUAGCAGGUCACCAAGACGUAUGCUUGAUCCUUUUGUCGGCAGAGGAUACUUAAGAUUAAUUCUAUCGUUGAUCUCAUCAUUUAUAAUAUUUAAAAUUGUUUUCUCGAUAUUACCAUCAAAUGAUAAUGACAGUAAUAAUAAGUCAACCAAUAGCCGUAGUGCUUCAUUAAAUAAUGGCAUCAAUUAUUUACCUCAACAUGUACAAAGUUUAGAGCAUCAACAGAGAACUUCAAUGUCAAAUCUAAUGAGUGAUCCACUAUCGUUCUUAAACGCUCUUUAUAGUGACAGCUCCGAACCAUUAAGUGAUAUUCAGUUAGGUAAAUUAUUGUAUAAGAAAUUGAAAUACGAUUCUUCUUAUAGUUGGUUCGAUACUUAUGAAUUACAAAAAGAUUUAUUAACCAUAAGAAUGGGUACUGACCGUGGUACCAGGGUCGAUUCAAUAAACCAAUUGAAUUUUUAUGAGAAUGACCCAAGAUUAAUUUGGUCAGUAUAUUUGGACCAUUUUAUGAAUUCGAAGACUUCACAUAAAAAUUCAAAAGUACCAUUUGCUUGGUAUGAUUGGGCUGAAUCUCAUGAUUUCAAUAAAUUAUUAGCUGCUAAAAAGACUAAAAUACCUUGCCAUUUCGUUUUUGAUUCUGCUUUUGAAUUAGAGAAACUAACUAAUCUAGAAGAUGAAUUGGGUGAAUUCUUAUUUAUAAAAGAUAGAAUAAAAUAUAAUGAACCGUUAUGGUAUAGGAAGGAAAGAAAAGUCGGUGACACUAGCGUUUUUGGAAGUUUACAUGAUUAUUGUAAAGAUAAUUUAGCUUUGCAAAGACCAGAGGAUCAUGAUUUUAAAAGUCCAUUUAAAGUAACUACUUUAUAUGACAAGGUUAGACCAGAAGUUUAUCAGAUCCAAGCCAGAAACCAUAUUAUGACCUCGUUGGUUCAUCCAUUGUCCAUGACUAUUUUAAACAGUGAUAAAUCAUCUUACAGAAUUCCUGUUGAACAAAGAGAAGCCUCUAAAAAUAUCAUUCAAUCUGGACUAUUGCAUGAUUUCUUAGAGAGACAUUCACCAAAAUUAGAUGAUGAAGCUUCAAAUUAUCUAUUCAAAUCAAAGAAAGUUGAAGAGACUCCAGACUUUAGAAACAAUCAAAGUUCAUUCGAUUACGUCUUUGAUCAUAACCCAAUUUUUGAUAAAUUUGUCGAAUCAGAUUUUGCUAAAGAUCAUGAGGUUGAUGUUAUUGGCGGUAAUCGUUCAGCUUUCCAUUCCGAUUUCGUCUACUUGAAUGAAGAUGACUUCCGUUUUGAUGUUGUUGCUAAAAUCAAAGAAUUAGAAGAGUCAGAAACUUCUCUAGAUGUACAUGACAAAUCAUAUUUGGAAAGUUUGAAAUUUUCAUUUAAUACGCAUCCUGUCUUUGUUACAAAAUAUUUCUCUGAACCAAAUCACGUUAAAAGUUUUGCUGGUAAAGGUUGGCAUCGUGAUAAGAGGUUCUUCAAUGGUGACCUACCAGAUGAUUCCCAAGAAUAUUUCCAACGUUUAAAUGCAAUGAUUAGAACCUUUCAAAAAUUCACUAAGGCAAAUGGUAUAAUCUCCUGGUUAGCUCAUGGUACUGUUUAUGGUUACCUAUAUGAUGGUCUCAGUUUCCCUUGGGAUAAUGAUUAUGAUCUACAAAUGCCAAUUAAACAUUUGCAUUUAUUAGCUCAAUAUUUCAACCAAACAUUGGUGUUAGAAGACCCAAGAGAAGGUAACGGUAGAUAUUUGGUCGAUAUAGGUAGCUCAAUCACAGUAAGAACAAAUGGUAAUGGUAAAAACAAUAUCGAUGCUAGAUUCGUUGAUAUUGAUUCUGGGUUAUAUAUCGAUAUUACUGGUUUGGCUUCGACUUCGGCACCUGUAAAACAUUACAUGGAAGAUUAUAUCAAGAAGCUUCAAUCAAAUAUCACUAAAGAUAUUGAAUUGAAUAAGACUUUAUUGGACAUUCAAGCCCCAGAAAAAGGUUUGGCUUCAUUAGGUAUAUAUGAACUGCAAACAUAUGCACAUGAAAAAUCCAAUGGAUUUGAUAAAAGAAUUAUUGAUAAAAUUGAUGAAAUGGCCAAAAACGAACGUUCAAUUGCCAGUGGCAAUAGUAUUGAAAAAAAAUUAUCAGCUCGUCAACGUUAUUCUUUGAAUGAUUAUUUGAAAAUUUACAACUGUAGAAAUCAUCAUUUUUCGACUUUAGAAUUACUGUCACCAUUAAGAACUACUAUCUUCCAUGGUGUCACUACUUUUGUCCCUAAUAAUUUUAUCAGAAUACUGAAUAAUGAAUAUAGAGUUCCUGAUGAAUAUGGUUAUGUGGGUUAUCAAAACAAAGCAUAUGUUCCAGAGUUUAAGGCAUGGUUUAGAACUGACAUUUUAAAGAAAUGUGGUAGUAUAUAUUCAUGGUAUCCAAAUUUAAGGAAGUUGAGUUCUCCAAUAAAAAGAAUGAAAUUGACAGAUGUAAAAACCUUUUACUAUAACUUAGUAAAGGCCGGCUAUGAAGAUUUGGUCAGUAUUUUAUACAUGUCUUACAGUGCCAGUUCAUUCAGAGUUAAAGAACUUGAAAUUCAAUACGAUGCAAAACUGAAAUUGAAUGAAAAGCGUGAAUAUCUGAACAUUAUGAGAAACGAAGUUGCUCCUAGAUUAAAUGCACCAGGUAAGGACCCUCUAUUGUUCUCUCAUGAAAGAAAACUAUGGGAUAUGUUAUCUAGAGAUUUUUCUGAUGAAACUUUAUCUGACAUUCGUAGAGAAGCUUCCCAAGAAGUUCUUAGAAAACUAUGGAAACUAACUGAAAGUGUGUCAUCAAGAAGCCUUGAACUAUUUGACAUCCCAGACCGACUCGUAGGUAAUAAAACUUUUACUUUGAAUGAUUUUGGUAUGAAUUUAUAUCAUAAUAAUAGAAGUUCAGUCUACAAAAUUUUCAAGAAAGAUCCAAUACUACUAGAUGAACAAGCAAAGGAUUCUAAUAAAUAA